UCUCUUUCUCUUUUCUCGCUCGAUCUUGAGAUCUCGAGCACACACGCAGUGAUAAUGGCGGAAGCGAGGGAAACCUAAGCGCAAGGAUCUCCAGCGUUUCUUCUCUUUCGGAUCAUCGCCAAGAGAUGCACAAGACGGCGCAGGCCUGGUUCUCUGGAGGCCCCAGCAGUGGCGGAGGAGGAGAGCCCGCCCCGUCGCUCCUCGCCGACUGGAACUCUUAUGCAGCUUCCAGAGCUGUGGAGGACUCUAGUGGCGCGUUGAGUUUUGAUAUUGAGGCUGCCGUCCGCUCUGCCAAUGAUCGGGUUACGGAUACGUUUAGCGUGGUCUCUAAAGGUGUGAGGGAUUUACCUGGAAGCUUUCAUACUGCCACUAGUAGUGUUCCUUCUGGGAAAUCUCUUUUGUAUUUUGGGCUGCUUCUUGCCAGUGGAGUGUUCUUUGUCUUCAUCGCAUUCACCAUGUUCCUUCCGGUCAUGGUCCUGAUGCCUCAGAAAUUUGCAAUCUGUUUUACCCUUGGAUGUGCCUUUAUUAUUGGCUCAUUCUUUGCUCUCAAAGGUCCGAGAAAUCAGCUUGCGCACAUGUCAUCAAAAGAGAGACUUCCUUUCACAUUGGGAUUUAUUGGCACUAUGGUGGGUACUAUAUAUGUGUCAAUGGUGCUUCACAGUUACAUUCUCUCUGUUUUCUUCUCUGUGCUUCAGGUUCUCGCUCUCGCUUAUUAUGCUAUAUCCUACUUUCCCGGAGGUUCAGCCGGACUGAAAUUUCUCUCUUCAACUCUCACAUCUUCGAUAUUGAAAUGCUUUGGCCGAUGAAUCCACUGUAUAUUACUGAUAUAACUUUCAUCAGUUCUUGGUAAGUUCUGGACCCAUUUUUUUGCUGCUCAACUUUUAAUUGUAUCAAACCCUAAGCCCUUAGAUAUAACCAACAACAACUACCUCUUUUUUUAUUAUC